CCACACUCGAAAAUCAUGGUCAAGUUCAAGUGCCAGCUACCUAUUGGUCAGCUCAAGCUGAUCUAUAAACUAGCCAACAAAUGUUAUAUAAAACCGUACCUCUCUAUUGUUCACUCUUUCAUUCGAGACACAUUUUUCUUUGCUGCCGGUCGAUCAACAACCGCGCGAGAUUGUUCUUUCGAAGCACAAAAUUUUACCGCACGAUUUCCUUCUAACGAAGAAGUACUUUUUGUUGUAGUGUGUGUUGAGAAUAGAAGAAACAUGGUGAAAUCAGUGUGCAGUGAAGUCCACGAUGAAAUCGAUUCUGUAGCCGGCAAUCUAGAGGAAGCCACACCGAUCCUAAAGAGCAUAAUCGUAACGCGGACCAAGGAGGGGGCAACAGUAGAUGAAAUCAUUGAUGACUACUACGACUUCACCGGAGAAAGUCUGCUAUCUUUAGGGGGCACACGUGAUGGAAUAGCAAACAUACUGCGGACAAUCGAGGGCGUUUGGUCCAUGUACAGGGAACCAAGCGGCCCGUUUCUUUGGUACUGCUCUUCACACAAUACACAACAUAUCGCUGAAAUGAUUAAGAAACAGAAGUCGCCCCGCUUCAAUAACCGACGGUACCAACCUCCGCAGCUCUCUCUCAGGACGCCUUACUCUGCUAGAACGGUAACAACUGUACCGACUGCACCGACAAUGAACAAUGCAAACGGACCUCGGGACAAAUUCUACCAGGACAACAUCAAUUUUAUCCCCAAACGAAGCGCAUGGAACCGAACGCCACAUCGCUCGAUGGCCAGCCAUCCGUAUCUGCCUCCCCAAAGGCGGCAGCAGAUACAGCAACAGAUGAAACCUAAGAGGAUGCAGCAGCACCAGUACUACUCCAACCCGUUCUAUUGUGGACCAAAAUUCUGUGGUAUGCAGAUGAUCGGUGACGACUUCUUCCUCUCGUUAGCCCGAUGGGAAUUGGAAUUCCAGUUUGACCCAGGACACACAAUUCAGCAGAGUGGCCUUUGCGUUUCCGGUAUGACAAUAGCGGAAGCAGCGGAUCGCAUAAUGAAGGCCACCUACAUUCACGAUCGGGUCAUUAUUAACCUAGGCGUCGUGGACAUUCUACAUGGUCACGAAUUUGUCGACAUGCAGCAGGAUCUAUUCCAGCUGAAGAAGAAUCUGGAAAUCCGUGGUGCGUCGGCUAUACUCACCACGCUCUCGCCGCUGGCGAACAGCUCGCACAUCCCGGGCAUAACCGAUAAGUUGCACAAGUUCAACGAUCUGAUCCGCAGGUAUCACUGGGAACACAUCGACCUCUGGCAGUGCUUCGUCAACGAACGAGGCAACACUUUGUACGAGUGCUUCCAACCGGCGCCCAGACAGGUUAGCGGAAGCAAUAAACCACAUGUGCUAUGGAACAAGCUGGGUCGCCAACGUGUUCUCAAAUUCAUGAAAACUCAGUUAGGAAAUUUAAUCUAAAAACCUUGCAAGUAACUUAGGUUGAAUUUUCAAAUUAGCGUACUCUUAUUUUUAAUGUGUGUAUGUGUAAUUAGUUAGUGCAAAAUGUUUGUCAUGCUAUUAAUGUUAGAACACUUAGUUUAGCGUCAUUGAGAUUGUAAGACCGUAGUUAUUGUUGCUUUAUUCCUAGAAAACUAUUCUAGACACCAAUCCGGGGUCUCUAGAGCAGUUUCCUAUGGCGAAGACUAUUCAUUUGAUCUUUCAUAACCCGGAAAGAAAGCAUAACUGGAUAGCCUUCGAGCAGGGCGGAGCCGUUUCAAAUUAUGUCGCAGGCGACUUACUCUUUGAAAUGUUUCUGGCCAAAUCUUCCUAGACUGGGAGACCGGUACCCAGUGGAAGUCAAGCGCAACAACGGUAACUUAGGCCUUUUCCCUGACUACAAUAUUCGUCACGUACUAUGGUUUCAGAAUUGAACAUGAAAUAUUUGUAGUAGGGGAUUAGAUUCAACACUGUUAAACCAAAUAUUAGUGGCCAAGAAUUUACAAUACGUUAGAUAUAUUUUUUAAAGCUCAAGUGAUAAUUUACCAUACUAAAGGGGAAAUAUUUGUUCAUAGAGAAGAGUGUUCAUUUUGUGAUGUUUGUAUUUUGAAUAAAAUUUUUGUUAUAUGUUGUGUAAA